AAUCAUGCCCCUGCCAUGUGCCACUUUCAGGUCUCCUCACACAUGCCUCCAUUGCUGCUGUCUCCUCACACUCUGCAUGUGCCACAUUCAGGUGUUCACACUGCUGUUGUGUUGAAUUUUUUGACAUAGGGUGCUGGCAGAUUACGGGCCUCCCAUAGCUGCUGCAGGCCCCUAAUCUGCCAUGGGCCCCUAUAUACCGCCUCCUCAUGCUGCUGCCAAGUCCAGAGUCUCUCAUGGGUCCCUGUACGGCCUCCCAUUGCUGCUGUCUCCAUCGCCACACUCUGCUGCCAUGUGCCACUUUCAGGUCUCUUCACACUGCUGUGUGUGUUUAAUUUUUUGAC